AUGGAGAAAGGCGCUCUUUCUAAAGGCGCUACAAACGAGCAAUUUGACACUGAAGUCGAUAAGUUUCCACCGCGAGUGAAUAUAAUAGAACUAAUGCAGUUAUCACAAAAUUAUCCCUCGUCCGAGCGCUUAGAAACUGAUUCCGAAAAGUUUUUAUCGAAACCGAACCAAUAUUACGCACAUUCGGAAACUUCAAGACCCAAAAUGGGCGUGACCACGAAAUCUUACAUAGAAUUGACAAAAACUGGUCCCUCGAAAUCCUAUCCGAAUGCGAGUGACUCAAGACACUGGAAUUUCGAAAAAUUUGCAAAAAUUAACUGCGACAGACCGAAAAGUUUUACCAAAGAAAUCGAUGCUAACGAUUGCGCUGAAUGCAUUCAAAAUAAUUUCUGGAUAAAGAAAAACGUCUUUAACAAAAGCGCCGAUGAUAAGUUGCAUGAUUUAGACCACCACAAAAAGAAAAAAACAACAACAUUCCACACGGAUUCUUCCCUCCUAACCUUCCACAACCUCUCACCGCGAAGCCACGAAGAUAUCGAUUUAAAAUCCCACCCAGACAUCGAUUUACCGAACCGAGACAUCGAUUAUAAAACCGACCUCGAUUAUAAAUCGAUUCAACAAGAAAUCGAGGCCCAUGAUCGACAAUUGGAACAUUUGGAUAGAUAUGAGAGGUUUCUUGAGUUUGAGAAAGACACGAUAGAUUACGAAAGAGAAUGGAAAGAAGAAAGAGUUCAGUUGGAGAAGAGAAGGAUUGAAACCGAACAGCUGAUCUAUUGCAAUCUGUGGACGAAGAUAUUAGCAUCACAGGAGAACAUAAAACUCCUUCGAGACAGAAUAGGAGUCAAACGAGCAGACGGAUUACCUGAUGGUAAGCGAUCAGCGCCGCCCAUGGACACUUGCAACACCACAGGAGUCAUAGGCACGUUGCCGGACUCUCAUGAUGAUGAAGAUGAUGAUGAUUCUUAA